GUUCAGAGCUACAAUAAGUAGCAGCGGAGAGUCUAGUAUAUAGCUUUUGUGGGAUCUAGAAAUCAAAACAAAGGAAUACAAAGUUAGAAGUUUCAUUUCAAUGUAAAUUAUAUACAGAGCGCUGUUUGGGGUUGAACCAACACUUACGUGCAAGUUGCGGACACGACACACAACAGAAACACGCAUUGCGAUAUUCAGAUACACAUAUUGGAAAGGGGAUGAUGACCAAAACUAGCCUGCUUGAACUCGUAGCUGGACUGACGCUGCUGCUAUGUAUACUAGAGACAACGUAUGUACAUUGCGCAGUGGACAGUGACCUCAAUGAACUGUCAGAUAAUACAUUCUUAGAGAAUGACGCUGACAAAAGAGGAAUUGAUUCCAAUAUGUUUCUAGGAAGCUUAGGAAAACGUAUGAUCGAUUCUAAUCUAUUUAGAGGAUCACUCGGAAAAAGGCGAAUCGACUCGAAUCUAUUUGGAGGAUCACUCGGAAAAAGGCGAAUCGACUCGAAUCUAUUUGGAGGAUCGCUGGGAAAGCGACGAAUUGACUCGAAUCUAUUUGGUGGAUCACUCGGAAAGAGGCGAAUCGACUCGAAUCUAUUUGGCGGAUCACUCGGAAAGAGGCGAAUCGACUCGAAUCUAUUUGGAGGAUCACUCGGAAAGAGGCGAAU